AUGGCUGAUAAAUAUAGUGAACUCUUACGUUUGAAAUGGGAUGAAGAAGAGAAAAUAAUUAAACGGCAAGCUUUAACACGAUUGAGUAGCAGAGAAGAAUAUGGACUUGAAGGCCUGGUUUUUAGUGGUGGAGGAAAUCAAGUUAUUGCCUAUAUUGGUGCGCUAGAGGCGUUAAGUGAAAUUGGUCUGCUAUGGAAAGUUACAAACGAAGCUUAUAAUGUUAAAAGAUUUGCCGGAACUGGAAGCGGUGCUUUGCUAGCAGCACUCUUGGCCGUUGGAUAUGAUUUAGAUAACGUUGUGGAGAUUUUAGAUGAUCGACAUUUACACAGCUUAAUUUCGGGCACAAAGAAGAAGCUACCUAGUGGAUAUCGUGAUUUGCCCAUCAUUCGACGAUCCAACAGAUGGAAUAAUCAUCGAAAAGCAACCAUUUUCCUAAAAGAUCAGUUGCAAAAUGGACCUAUUUUGCAGGGAAAAUUGGACGACCGUAGUCGAGGAGUAACAUUUAAACAGCUAUAUAGUGCUACUAAGGUUCAAUUAUGUGUGGUAGUAACCAAUUUAAAUCGAUUAGAUGUCCAAUAUUUUCAUCCUAAGACUACACCAAACGUUCCAAUUCAUGUUGCUGUUGAACUGUCCAUGACAUCGCAAGUAAAAGUAAACUGUCCUGAAACCCGUGUAUACAAUAAUACGCGUAUAGCCUUGAAGUAUUGUAAUGGCGAAUUAAUAAUCCCUAACCAAAUUGAACCAAGUAAGAAAUCCAACCAUUCAACGUCACCAACUCAAGGUACUAAACGUGAUAGUAUGGAGGAUAUCUAUAUUAAAGGUGGCUUAACAUGUAACUAUCCUUUACAUGCAUUUGACGGCUGGUGGCUUUGUAUGGACAAGCCAAAGAGUACAUUUGAAUAUAAAGCAAAAUAUGAAAAAUUAAUAAAUACUCACGAUACAAAAUUUCGUUGUAUUCCUGGCCAAGACAGUAAAACAUUAGGGUUUUUACUAUAUUCAGAGGAUGAACCAGAAAUAUUCGAACAAUCAUUAAUGCAGCGGGAGAAUUUCGCCUUUAAAAGUAAUCUUAUAUCAGAAUUGCAACAUGCUUAUCCCACAGUUUCAACCAAAGGACAGCCUGCUAUUAAUGAAAGGAUGGAUGCAUAUAAUAAGAGAUUGGAAUAUCAAAAGUCAAUUCAAACCUUUCGUCAUCUCAUUCAAGCUUUACAAAAACUGGAUGAUUCUAAAGUCCGAGUUAUUGAGGAAAUAUAUUUUCAUAUGGAUAGUGUCGAGAACAAAUUAAUAGAAAUAAUGAGCCGAGAAGAUUUGGAUCUUUUAGGAUGUCAGAGUUACAGAGCACUGAUAGACAGGAUCAACUAUUCUAAAGAAGAUGUGAUGAUGCAAGAUGAUUUGAUCAAAUUUCGUGGAUGGGUAGCAAAAGCUUUCGACUCUGAGAAGGAUAGUGAAUUCCUCUCAAAAUUACAUCAAUUACACAAGGAAUUAAUCAGAUCACACAGGCAAAUACAGCAUAUUCGAGGAUAUAGAGUUAAGGAUGUCGAAAUGGUCUUGAGAGAGCUACAUCAUGAAGAACUAGAAAUUCUAUACAGCUUAUGUGAUUGUCCUGAAGGCUUAUUGAAAUCUGAAAAUUCAACAGAGACUGAUAUAACAAUGUUAAUGAUCAGGGGAAUUUGCAACCAAUUAAAGCGAUAUGAUGAGAUUAUAACUAUUCGAGAAUUAUUAGCAACAUUGGACCGUAAUGAUUAUUAUAAAGAAUCAUUCCUGAUGGGUUACCAACGAAGAGAAAUUUCUCAUCCUGAUCAAGUCGAAUAUGCUAUUACUGAAGAUGAUUUAGUUCGCACGGUUGGUAUCAAUUCUUACUUUAUUGCACCCUCCGAAUCGGAUUUAUCAACAAAUGUAAAGAGAAUGUUGAUUAAGGCCAAACCAAAAUAG